CAGUGUGCUUUUCAUCUUCUCCAAUUUGUCAAUUGGCUUUCCCCUAUUUCAAGUAAAAGGUGUUUGACAACUUUCUCUUAAUAUCACCUAAUACCUCCUCCUUUUUGGUUAAAUUCCACACUCCCCCCACUCUUUAUUCACACCAUUUCCCCAGAGAGAAGAUUUUUCACUUUCUCUCUCUUCUUCCUUUCUCUCUCAUCCCAAAACCCUACCCAAAAAAAAAACAGAGAGCAAAAAAACCUUGUUGUGAUUGAAUGAAACCCCAAUGAAUACAGAAUCAUACUUUUCAAUGCAUUUCCCCACCCUCAAAUUCCCCAUUCUCCUGUUGCUUCUUCAAUUUCUCCACGGCUCGCUCGCCGGCUUACUCUCCGAGCCGGCGCAGCCGCUCAAGCCGGGCGACUACAACACCGUCCCGGCCUUUCCGGUCCAGACCGAAGCCCAAACCUGCCGCCUCGACCUCUCGGCUGAGCUAUUCGGCGGCGUCAGCGCCGCGUGCGGCCGCAACCUAGAUCGGAGCCGGUGCUGCCCAGUCCUCGCCGCCUGGCUCUUCGCGGCUCACGCCAGGUCGGCGCUCCAGAUUUCGGCGGCGGCGCCGCCGACCGGCUCCGAGCUGCCGAUGAUGCCCGACGAUUCCCAGAGGUGCGUGAACUCGCUGCAGAGCUCGCUGACGAGCCGGAACAUACACAUACCCCAGCCGAACGCGUCGUGCGACGCCGUUCUGUGCUUCUGCGGCAUCCGGCUCCACCAGAUCACCUCCCUCAGCUGCCCGGCCGCCUUCAACGUCACCGGAAACACCAGGAACGCCACGCCGACCGCCGCCGUGAGGAAUCUGGAACGCAACUGCAGAAAUUCCUCCUACGCCGGCUGCACCAAGUGCCUUGGUGCUCUGCAAAAGCUGAAAGUGGAUGGCAAAAACGGAACGAAAGGAGGGAUAGAACAGAGCGAUGGUGGGGAUAGAGCAAGUAAAAUGCUGAGCAGGGACUGCCAGCUGAUGGGGCUGACGUGGCUGCUGGCACGCAACAAGACGGCGUACAUACCCACCGUCUCCGCCGUGUUGCGCGCCGUCAUGUACAGCGCUCACCCGCCGCACGAGUCGACGUGCUCCCCGGACCAGGAGAACAUGCCCCUCGCCGUCGAUUCUCUACAGUUCGACAAAUACGAUUCCUCCUCUUCUGCCCUUACCACUUCUUUUAUUCCAUUUCUGCCCCUAAUAAUUCUUUCUUAUCUUUUUCUCAUAGGCCCCCUUUACAUUAGUUGGGGAUUUUUUUUUUAGUUUUUAAAUAUUAUUACCUGUUUGCCCCCCUGCCAUUUUUGUGAAAUUAUUUGUGAUGGGGGCUUCUGGUUGGGGGGCGAAGGUGGGGGUGGGUAUGUUUUGAGGGGGGCCCUUUUUGAGUGUUUCAUCACGUGAAGCUAGUUGACAAAAUGGGGGACUGGGGUUAUUUUUGUCAUUUACUGCCCCUGUGUAAAUUUUCAGACACUUUGGUUUAAAUCUUAAUUUUCUUAUGUGUAGUGGUACGAGGAAAUCUUUUGCUUUUUACCAUCUUUAGAGUCAACGAAAAGGUUAAGUAAAGCAUGUAAAAAUGUUUGAUAGUUUUGGGAUUACAACUUUUAAUUU